UGGUGUCGCGGAUAAAUACUGUGUUAUGAGACCUUGAAAGGUCAGUUUGCCUGGCAGCCAUUGUUGUUUGUCGGAGUGUAACGUACGUGUACACGACUACUUUGCUCCAGUUUGAGACCAUUUUCAAGACAAUUUGACACUUCAGCGAUAAAUCAGCACCUCAAACCGGAAGAAAUGGGUGAGAGAAGCGGUGAGGUCGCUAUGGACGAUCGUCCAGCUGUACACCCAGGGGACGAGACAAGCAGCAGGGAGAAAUUAGACACGGGAAGGCAGCAAAAUAAGGAAGGAAACAUUCCAUGUGAAGAAAAGUGCGGAGAAGAAUCUGACCAUCCUCCCGCAAAGGGUCGAACAGAGCAGAAGGACAGACUUGCGGUGAAACGCACUGUGAAUGAACGCUUUGCGUGUACGGAGUGUGGCUAUAGGGCAGCCAAAAAGUCUGUCCUAAUCAAACACACAAGAAAACAUACAGGUGAGAAACCAUAUAAAUGUGACCAGUGUGACUAUUCUGCUGCACAGAAAGUUCACUUAGACCGACACAUGACUAAACAUACCGGCGAAAACCCCUACAUCUGUGGAGAGUGUGGAUACUCGGCGGCUAUCAGGUGUCGCCUAUUGGAACAUAUGAGAAUACAUGCUGGCGAGAAACCUUACAAGUGUGACCAGUGUAACUAUACUUCUGCAACAAAAUACAACUUAGACCAACACAUGACUAAACACACCGGAGUAAAAACUCUCAUGUGUGGGGAGUGCGGAUUUCGAACGGCUGAUAAGUCCAACCUAUCUCGACAUAUAAGAACUCAUACGGGCGAGAAACCCCACAAAUGUGACCAAUGCGACUAUUCUACUACACACAAAAGCGCUUUAAACCGACACAUGGCUAAACACACUGGCAACAAACCCUACAUGUGUGAAGAGUGCGGAUACAGGACGGCUGACAGGUCCUACUUGACCAUACAUGUGAAAAAACAUACAGGCGAGAAACCUUAUAAGUGUGACCAGUGCGACUUUUCUGCUGCACAGAAAGUUUCUUUAGACCUUCACCUUACUAAACACAGCGGAGAAAAACCCUUCAUGUGUGGACAGUGCGAAUACAGGACUGCUCUCAGGUCUCAACUAUCCGAACAUAUGAGAACACAUACAGGUAUGAAACCUUAUAAAUGUGACAAGUGCGACUAUUCUGCUUCAUGCAAAGGCAAUCUAGUCAAACACAUGCAUAAACACACCGGCGAGAAACCCUACAUGUGUGGAGAGUGUGGAUUCAGGACGGCUGACAGGUCUUCCUUAACUGUACAUUUGAGAAGACAUACAGGUGUGAAACCUUAUAAGUGUGACCAGUGCAACUAUUCUGCUGCACAUAAAGUUUCUUUAGACCUUCACCUUACUAAACACAGCGGAGAAAAACCCUUCAUGUGUGGACAGUGCGAAUACAGAACUGCUCGCAUGACUAACCUAACCGCACACAUGAGAAAACAUACAGGUGAAAAACCUUACAAGUGUGACCAGUGCGACUAUUCUGCUGCACAGAAAUGCCAUUUAGACCGACAUGUGGCUAAACACGCCGGAGAAAAGCCAUAUAUGUGUGAAGAGUGCGGGUACAGAACGGCUCAGAGGUCUAACCUAUCCGUACAUAUGAGGAAACAUUCGGGUGAAAAGCCCUAUAAAUGUGACCAGUGCGACUAUUCUGCAUCACACAAAUAUAAUCUAGACAGACACAUGUAUAAACACACCGGCGAAAAACCCUUCAUGUGUGGAGAGUGCGGAUUCAGGACGGCUGACAGGUCUUACUUAACCGUACAUAUGAGAAAACAUACAGGUGCGAAACCUUACAAGUGUGACCAGUGCGACUAUUCCGCUGCACAGAAAUGCCACUUAGACCAACAUGUGGCUAAACACAAUGGCGAAUAACCCAGCGUUCCGUGAGUGCAGGUACAGGGCGGCUAUAACCUUAACCUUAAAUAUGACAUUCCAUUUACGUGUAACCAGUGUGACUACACUGUAACACAGUUGUUUUCAAGAAAGUUUUACAUCUGACUUUACAAUAUACAAGUAAAUGCUCAAAUUGUAUGUCUUUCUCCACAGUUGUUACAUCGGUCUGUUUCUACUAGGUUUGUUUUUCUAAGCCAGCUGUUUGUUGGUCGUCAUGUUUGUAGGUAGGUAAUUGUGAAUGAUCUUGUAUUGGAAGUGCUGUAAUUUAGUUUUCUUUGCAGCAAUAAGGGCAGCAGUAUAGGCUCUCUAUAUGUUAUCUUGGAGGUUUUCUUAUUGUCCUAUGUUGUUUAGUUUAGUAGAAUUUUAAGAUUUCUUAUGUAUCCACUUUUUUGUAGUUUAUACUUGA